CUUUUAACUUUAACUUUAUCUCUGAGCUGUUAAAAAAAUAAAUAAAAAUAUAAACAGUUUAGACAGACUAUAAUGAUCAACAAUUUUCAUUUGUUAAGUUUUUUAUAUUUUUGAAACUCACGAGGCGAAUGGUUGCGCGAUGACAGUAAAGUAACAUAUUUACGAAGCAGCUUGUUUUUAUUUUUUCUUUCUGGGAAGUAUGGAGGUGUAUGAUUUACCUCGUUAUAAGCUUUUGUCAGUUCCUUAUGCUAAUUAUGUGAGAUGAUAAAUUUUGAAUGCAUAUGAUAUUAUAAGCAAAAAGAAAUAUGGAUUAAUAUUUUCAAAGCAAAUGACAAAAGAAGGAAAAAUUUGUGUGCAUUAUGGCAAACAGAAAUAUAGGAAAGCAACAGCCUUCUGGUGUCACUGUACAAUUUGAACAGCCAGAAAAACCCAGCAGCACUUUAAAAAGACAUCCAAAAAUGGAGCUUAGCAAACCUGAUUUGCUUCAACUUCUUGGAGUGUUAGAAGGUGAACUACAAGCAAGAGAAAUAGUCAUAGCUGUAUUAAAGGCUGAGCAGGUUAAACAGUUGCUUUAUCCAAAGAGGAAAGCUACUGCCAGUGAUCCAUGGGCUGCACUGCAAAGAGAUUGUUUAGGUGCGUUUGAUGCUACAUUUGAUGAGUCAGCAGUUAAAAAUUUGUAUGGAAUGCAAUUAUCACAGUUUGAACAUUUCUUAAAGCAAUAUAAAAUAGCUCAAAUAAAGUUGAAAGAACAAUUAGAAGAAGCAGAGCAGCGUUGUGAAAAGUUGCUCUCUGAGUUGGAAGAUGAAAAGCAAAAGCAUGCUCAGGAUACUGCUCAAGGAGAUGAUGUAACAUAUUUAUUAGAAAAAGAACGUGAGCGUUUACAUCAAGAAAAUGAGUUUGAGCGCCAACAAAAUAGGUGUAUGGAGAAAGAUAUAAAAUGCUUAACAGAAACUUUGGAGCAAGAAAGGCAGCGGCAAAAACAAAUGAUUUUAGUUUUAUUAGCUGAGCGUAAACGUCUUAUAUACAGAUAUGCUGAAGAAAAGCAAAAAUGUGAUAGAUUGUCACAGAUAUUGUGUGAUGAAAAAGGAAGAAUUGCAGAUAUGGUUGAUGGCUUGGAAGAAGAAAGUAAAAAGUCUUUGCAAAUGGAGGCUGAACUUGAAAGACAAUUGUGUGAGUUUGAAAUUGAGCGUGAACAAUAUAAGGCUGAAUUAAAUGAAUUAGAAGCAAAAAACAAUGAACUAACUUUAGAAGUUCAAAAGUUACAGGAAGCUGUUGAGGCUUAUCAGAAACAAGCUAGUCUUAAUGCUCAGGCUCAGUUAGGAGAAGGUGUCAGAAGUACAAUAGUCACCAUGGUUUCAACUCCAACAAUUCGUGCUGUACCAACUAUAUCUCCAACUGUUAGCCCUCCUCGGGGAGUGGCUCGAGCUCUUAGUCCUAAAACGGGACCAGCACCUGCUACACCAGCAAAGCCUAUUGGUCUUAUACCACAAGCUCCUACAAAAGUUGGUGUUUCCAAACCUGUAUCAUCCAUGUCAAGCACUGUUUUGUCUCCUUUGUGCAGCCCCCCUUUAGCAACAGCUAGCUUUAAAACGUCUCCAAAGCCCAUAAAAGCUAGCUCACCAGCUCCUGUAACUUCUCCAUCUGCUCCAGAAAAUAUUGCAACUUUAUUGCAAGUAGCUACUCCAGUACCUCAGUAUGCAGAAAGCCCUCUAUCUCCAGCUGAAACUGAUAAAGCAAUAGAUCUGAAUUCUCAAUCUAAUGCUAAAAUCUCCAGUAGUGUUAAAGUAUCUACACCUGUACCUGCACAUAAACCUGCUUCAGCAACUGUCGCCAAUGUAGUAAAUGCUAAAAAAUUGCCAGCAGGAAGGGGUGCUCCACCACCAAUUCCUCCAAAUAAACCAGUUUUACCCCCUCAAGCUCUCCACAGAAAAGAUACUGGCUCAAAACCACCUGUUCCUCCAAGAUCUGAUGUCACUCCAGACAAUUCUAUAGACAAAAAUGCUGCAAGAGUAAGUGCAAUCUCUCGUUUUCUUACUCCCCAAAAAUUCAAUACUGAUGAAUCCCCUGGAGCAACUGAUAAAGAUGAUACUCAGGUGGGUGUUUCUAAAGAAACUACCCAAGUAAAUGUUGCUGGUAGUAGUAAUUUAGAAUCUGAAGUACUAGUUCAAGAAUUAGCUGAUUUUCAGCAAAUUCUUGUUUCUUUGGCAUCUACUAAACUAGCUAAUUCAGUAAAUAAAUCUAAUUAAUUUUUAUAGUGUAGCCCUUUGCUGUAUCACAUUUUUUUAGAAGUAAAAUAGAUGCUCCUUUUGAUAAAGGUUGUUAUAAAAGAUAAUAGAAUAGCAGUAAAUGACUGUAUAUUUGUUUCAUAACUUUAUUUAUUUGUAUAUUGAGACAAAUUUUUUACUUUCCGGAUAACAUUUGAUCUUUAAGAACCAGUUUCUUCCUAUAUUAGUCAAUGGUAGAGUAGUGCUUAAAGUACAAAAUAGAUUAUACAGAAUCAUAAUUAUUGGCAGACUAAUAAAAAUAAUAUUAGAACAUAGUUUGUGGUAUCAGUUGAUAGCUUUUUUUGGCAAACUUGAUUGCCCUGUUUUCAUUGUUCUUUAUUUGGAAAAUAGUGUGUUAUAUAAAGAACUACUAAAAAAAUUCACCUGCCUCCAAAUAACCUCCAUAAUUCUAAUGCAUGAUGGAGGAUUAAUGUGAAUAACAGUAUGACAUUAAUCAUUCAUUAGAUAAUAGUUUAUUUAAAUUGCUCAUGGUAUGUAUGAAAUAUUGUAUGAGAAAUAGACAUGGAUAAAGUGCCACAUAUUUGAGUGAGCAUUAGAACAAGAUGUGAUUUUAUGAAGAGUUAAAUCAUUCAAAAAUAAGUUUAUCUAUUCAUUUACUUAAUAUAAACUAUUUCUUUUUACUAAGAAAAGAAUCAAUUUUACAAUAGCUAUGUUUUAAAAGUUGAAGAAUUAGUUUUACUUUUUAUAUUUUGAAAGGAGAAAAAAGUCGAUUAUUCUGUUUUUAGUAUUUGACAUUAUUUGACUACAGAACAUGUUCUUUAUUCACUUUAAAAUAAUUAUUAUAAUUAUUUUUAAAGAUAUAAUAACUUUUCCUCAUACUAAGUCAUUUCAAACUUCAGUUCUAGAUAUUUGUGAAAAAUAUAAGCAAUUGCCUUAUUUUUUGCACCAAAAAAAAUGAUAUAAUGAGGCUGCAAUUAAAGAUAUUUAUUUUUAAAGUUGAUAACCUUUUCAUAUUAACAGUUUACAACUAAACAAAACUGCUGAAUUGUUAAAGAUGUAAGAAAUAUAUUUGUAUCCUUAUAUCUUUUACAAAAGUUUUGCUUCAAAAUUUCUAUUUCCAGUAUAAGCAUUUUUCUCUAACUUAAAAAGAAAUUUACAAACCAUUUUUUUAAAAAUUAUUUUCUCUACCAGACAUUUCUAUUCAAUCUAAAUCUUAAUUCUUCAGUCAGUAUACAUACAUAUGUAAUGUUUGUAUUUUUGUAAGUUUAUUUCUUUUUGGAAGAUUACUUUGUGUUUUUUUUUAAAAUUUCUGUAUAAGAUUUAAAAAGUUUUUUGUCCCCAGAAUUCUCACCCUCUGGGACAUAAAUUUUUUUUAUUUUAUUGUGUUGUUAUACAUUAUACAAUGUUGGAUGCAGAAAAAGGCAGAUGUUCUGUACACCAAAAUAUGGAAAAAGGUUUAAGUUCUAGUUUAAAAAAAUGACCAUAGAUUGGCAUUAAGCAAUUAGAUACCUAUAAUAUUUUUAUUUCGGGGCCUAUGAGUGUGGUAUCAAGCUUUAAAAAUAUGCUAUUCAUAUUCAAUAUGUUGGCAGUGUCAUUAUAAAUGUAAUUUUGGAUAAAUAUUUGAGCAAUAAUUUAGAAUAAAAGGUCGGGUAUAAGAUAGAUAUUUUUUUGCUUCGCAAUAAUAUCUAAUUUUGUUUAAGAUAGUAUUGUUUAUACCAUACUUAAAUUAAAGUAAAGAAUUAUAUAAUUACAAAUUAAAGUUGUGGUGGGAAGGCAUAUGAUUCAUUUUUAUCUGUUUCAUUAUUUGUUGAAACAAAUUUUAUUAUGGCAAGGGUGAUGUGUAAAACAGCCAUCUCAUUGCUUUGCAUAUUCGUUCAUGCCAGAACUUAAUAUUUAAUUUUAUUUAACAAUAUAUUGCUCAUACUAUAUUUAAAUCAUUGUGAAGAAUCAUUUAAAUGCAAAUUAUUUAAGCUAUGGGGGGAGGGUAUUUCAUAAUUCAUUUUUAUCUUUUCCAUUAUUAAUCUCAUGUUCCUAUUAUUGUUUUAAUCAUGAAGAAACACUUUUUCAUAUAAAGUUUAUCUUUUACUUCAUGGCAGCAUAAAAACCUCUUGGCGGUGUAAAACUUAAUUUUAAGAAAAACAAAGUGCUUCCUAGACUUUAAAGGACAUUUUUUACUGAAAGAUAAAGGCAGCUAUAAUGUGACAAAUGUUAAAUGAAAAAUAAUUUUAAAAAAAGUUUAAAAGUUUAGUAAAAAUCUGAAGCAUGUUACAAAAGUGUUUGUUAAAUAUAUUUUGCAUGAGAAUCAAUUUUAAGAAAUUCAUUUUGAUUUGUUUUUAUUUCUUAAAUUUUAUACCUUCUUAUUCAAUUGCAUGAAAGAUAUUGUAAAUGAUUGAAACUGUUAUUGAAUCCUAUGUUUUUACAAUUAUUUCAAUUUUUUUCAAUAGUUUGUUACAAUCUGAAUAUUUGUGAAGUGAAUUUACACAUAUGCAUGUGCAUGCUUGAUUGCUAGCCUGGAUGUAUUUCAUUUUUCUUGUUCAGAUCUGCAUGUAAAGUUUAUUUUUAUAUAAAAAAUACUACUAUAAAAUUUUAAUUUGUUGGCAUAGUAUUGUAGAUUUUAUGUAAUGGCUGAACAAAUGUUUUAUAUGAAACUCUCAUAAUAAAUGAAAUUCAAUGAA